CCUGAAAGACACAUUCCAGAUCGUCCAGGAUGUUUGGAUUCCGAUGUGUUCGUCUCAAUAUUCGCUCUGUUAUCUUUAUAAUGCUGUCAUUCUUCCUAAACACCAUAAAAUUCUCCCAAACAGCUAUCAAUGAAAUGGACAAUAUGCCUGUGAAGUCCGAGAGCCACAAGACAGUGAACACAUCAGCGUUUAGAUCGAUUACCUCUGAUGAUGUUUCUGCGUGUCCCAGUAAUCUCGAGUGUAGCAAGUUGAACUUCCCCUGCAUCUCCUGCUCGUACAACCUCUCCUGCAUCUACGGAAAGCCCAUGAAUGUGACGUGCGAAGCGCGCCAGAACGUGCAAUGCCGGGAGAACAGGGAGUUCGUCCGCACGGCCAUCUGUCGCUAUUGCUACCAGACGGAGCCCUGGGAGCACACUUGCGUCCGCAAGGCGCCCUGCCACGCCUCCUAUCGCACCAACUGCACCGUCUUCCCGGACGUGCUGUGCCUGGGCCACAGGACGUUCUUCAAGAACGUCAACUGCAACUGGACGCAGGGCUUCAAGUGGUCCACGGCGCUGAUCAUCAGCAUCACGCUGGGCGGCUUCGGCGUGGACAGAUUCUAUCUGGGGCACUGGCAGGAGGGCAUUGGGAAGCUGUUCAGCUUCGGCGGACUCGGCAUUUGGACGCUAAUCGAUGUGAUACUCAUUUCUCUCCACUAUCUCGGACCCGCUGACGGAUCGCUUUACAUCUAGACAUUUUGUGGAUGCAUUUCUCAUGGAAAAUAGAUAGUGUAAUUGGUUUAAUUGAAUGGAAAA